AGAUUACUGUAUAUAUAAAAAUGUUCCAGUUUAAGAUACAUUACUCCCUCGUGUAUGAGUCAAAUGGUUUGGCCUCAUCGACAGACUUCCACAUGACAUUUUUAGAAAAAUCUUUUGUAUUGUAAAGUCACUGCUAGAAUUGUGCCAAAAUUUGCAGAAAGGGUUUAAUAUGUAUGUAUUUGAUGUCGAUUGAAUAGUAUUAAUUGUAGAAAUCUAUGGAUCUAAUAAACAUGCGGCAGUAUCUGCGUAUAAAAACUGCAAUUUCUAAUAAAUACCACACAUGUCCAAAAAUGUCCAUGUCUACAUGCAAGAAGCGUCUUUGAAAGCAACAUCAUGUGAAACACACGCUUUACCAGAUCGCCAGAAGCAGGCUUAUAUUGGCUUUUUUCCCCGAUGUAUGGCGCAUGGUUGUUUAACCAACAGUUACCCGACCGUAGCUCUGACUUAAUAAAUAAUUAAAGUGGACGGAGGGGAGCUGCAGCUGAUUUGCUGAUGUCAGGGAGCCAGUGCAGCAUUUCAUGGUGCAGGGUGUAAACGCGCGGUGCCAUCUGCCUCGAUCGGUGCUCUCAGCAAACCUCACACAUGCAAGCCCGGCAAGAAAGAUGCUGCCAACUCUUAAGAUUUGGGCAUUAUUUUUUGUGUCGCUGUGCUGCCUGUCUCAGCCGGGUCAUAUGAAGAAGGCUUUCCGAUGUCCUUCAACAUGCAGCUGCUCCAAGGAGUCUAUCAUUUGCGUCGGGUCUAAUUAUGUCCCCAGGAUUAGCCCCAACGACAUCAAUUCUUUGAGUAUCGUCAAUGGGACUUUCUCCGAGGUCAAAGAGGCAAUGUUUUCUCACAUGCCAUCUCUUCAGCUACUGCUUCUGAAUUCCAAUUCUCUCACAACUAUACGGGAUGAUGCAUUUUCAGGCCUUCCACAUCUGGAGUACCUGUUCAUUGAGAGUAAUAAGGUAGAGACUACAUCCAAAUAUUCCUUCAGAGGACUCAGGGAUUUGACGCACUUGUCUUUGGCAAACAACAACAUCAAAGCCCUUCCCAGGGACCUCUUCAUUGACCUGGACUCACUGAUAGAGCUGGACCUGCGAGGCAAUGCCUUUGAGUGUGACUGCCGUGCCAAAUGGCUGAUGAUGUGGUUGAAGAGCACCAAUGCCACAGUGUCGGAUGUCGUGUGUGCUGGACCUGAGGAGUUGAAGGACAAGCGCCUCAAUGAUAUGGCCAGUCUGCACAAUGAGUGCAUCUCAACGGAUUUCACCCUUCAUCAGUCCGUGGCAUCAGAGUCUCUGUCUGUUGACACAUUCAGCUAUAAGGAUGAUGUCUAUGUGACUAUUGCUGCUCCCAGCGCAGAGAGCUGUAUGGUUUUCCAGUGGGACCACAUAGAAAUGAACUUCAGGACUUAUGAUAACAUAACAGGUCAGUCCAUUGUGGGUUGCAAGUCACUUGUUAUCCAGGACCAGGUAUUUGUCAUUGUUGCUCAACUCUUUGGCGGUUCCCACAUCUACAAGUUCGAUGAGGAUCAAAGCAGGUUCAGCAAGUUCCAGGAAAUUGAGGUGUCCAAGAUAUCCAAACCCAAUGACAUUGAGGCAUUCCAAAUUGGCUCUGACUGGUUCUUUGUCAUUGCUGACAGCUCAAAAGCAGGCCUGUCCACUCUCUACAAAUGGAAUGAUAAAGGUUUUUAUUCCUACCAGUCGCUGCACGAGUGGUACCGUGACACAGAUGCAGAGUUCUUGGACUUGGACGGGAAGGCCCACCUUAUCUUGGCAAGCCGCUCACAGGUGCCUGUAAUCUACCAGUGGAGCCGGAGCAACCAGAAGUUUGUCCUACAUGGCGAGAUCCCCAAUAUGGAGGAUGUAGUAGCUGUGAAGCACUUCCGGAUCAAGGAGGAACUCUACCUGGCUAUGACGCGCUAUAUUGGUGACUCCAAAGUUCUACAGUGGAGUCCCAAACAGUUUGCAGAGAUUCAGGCUUUACCUUCAAGAGGCUCCAUGAUUCUCCAGCCGUUCUUUUUCAAAGACCGCUACUACCUGGCCCUGGGAAGUGAUUACACCUUCUCACAGAUGUACCUGUGGGAUGAUGAGAAGAAACUCUUUGAUCGCUUCAAGGAGGUAUACAUCCAGGCACCACGGUCUUUCACUGUGGUUUCGACUGACCGUAGGGACUUCAUCUUCGCCUCUAGCUUUAAGGGGAACACACAGAUCUUUGAGCACAUCAUCAUUGAUUUGAGCUUGUGAGGGGUUGUGCCUUAUUACCCCUCCUGCAAUCGAACGUCUUCCACUAAAAAGAUACAGCCAUGAAGGAAAAAGUAAGGAUGAGAACAGACUUCAUGAACUGUUCAUUCCUGCAUAGUUUUUUUUUUCUUUGCCACAAAUAAGAGCUCAAUCAAGUAGUAUUUGGAUUCCUUUUAUUUUGAGCUCAUCUUGACUGUGUCUCAAUGGCCUUGUCCUAUUAUCUGUUCUCAUGGUAUGUUAGACUUUCAGAGGUCCUACCAUUUCAGAAAGGCUGUCAAUCAAGAGGAGGGACAAUUGGACAAGGCUGCUGGUAUUGUCUUAAAAAUCCAGCUUACAUUCCUGAGGUUGAAAAUAUUUGAAAUAUGAUUUGAGCUGUUUGGAUGUAUAGAUUUUGCAAUGGCAAGUUUGGAUAUCCCUUGUGCUAUUGGUUUUAUAUGAGGAAAAAAUAUACAUUAGGACCUGAGAAAGAUCAUAUUACUAGUUUUGUUUUACUCUAAUUUGGGGUAAUUGAGGAUUAAACGGGUGUGGCUGCUCAUGUAUGUACCACUUACCUCAUGUCCUCCAACCCUGUGGUAAUGUACUGUAUGUUGCCUUAUCAGCGCUGGGGUUCUGUGUUCUGAUGGGCCUACAGUGCCUCCAUCUGGCCAUGAUAAAGUAUCACACCCCUUGCUUUUUCCAUACAGGGAAUGUCUUGAAAGCACAAACCUUUAACUAUUGUUGCUGAGAUACCAGUCAUUACAGUGUAGUUGUUCAGUGGUAAAUAUUACUGUAGGUGCUGUAGAUUAUAUGGCAUACAGUAAAAACCGAAGUGGUUUGUUGUUUAAGAAGGUUAAAUAUUCAGGACUGGAUAUAGCUAAUGCCUUCUUAGGCAAACAUAUAUGAAUGGAUAGACCCCUUUUUACUGGUUGGUACCCUUUUAGUUUAUGAGGUACUAUAAGUGGCAAAAUAGAUAGAAGCUCUUUUUAAUCCAUGUAGUAGAAAGGACCUGUGUUUAGGUGAUGUCAGGGAAAUUAAUCCAUACAAGUUUGAAAAUAACAACUGUUGGUGUACUGACAUAAUUUAACAUUUCUUUAUAGUUGAUUACUAAAAAAGGCUUCUGAAUGGGUCUUUGACACUGGUUUAUCACUUGAACAGAUGAGGUCAAAGGUCAAAUAAAUACAUCUGAUUGAGGACGUAAUUUGUCCAAACAUGGAGAAAGCAAAAUGUUUAUGUAAAUAUAUCUACUCUAGUUUAGAGGCUUUUUCAGUCUGUCAUUCUGUUCUUUGAAAAUACUGAAUGUUGACUGACAAGCUACAAAAUGUACAUAAAACAAGGACUGCAGUGCCACUACCUGUUUGUCACACAAAAAUCAGAAUGAAACUUUGCACUUACUUUAAAAAGAUAAAAUGUAACUGCAGCUUGCAAAAGCAUGACAUUCAAAAAAGAGUGUUUGCUUUAUUCUUUUUAGAUAAACCUAACAAACUCACGAGGUCUUAAAACUCUUCUACUCAUUAAGUGAAUGGCAUUGCAAAUAAAUAAAAAAAACAUAAUGGAAUAUGCAAGCUUUACAACAUGCAGAUUAUUUUAUAUGAUUUUGUUUUAAGC